CCGCAGAGGCACAGCCAUAUCCUCACAAUCAAAAAAAGAAAUUAAAAAGGAAAAAAUAAAUUAAAAUCCAAGUCUUACCCGAGUCCCCUUCCCGAUCCGCCGGCCGAUCCACCCACCGCCGCCAUGCCGGCGUUCAAGGCCCCGGCGCCGGGCUUCGCCGUGCGCUUCAGCCCCUUCCACGAGAACCGCCUCCUCGCCGCCACGUCCCAGCACUUCGGCCUCGUGGGCAACGGCCACCUCAUCGUCCUCGACCUCGCCGCCGCCGGGCCCGGGCCCGGGGCCGCCCCGGUGCCGGUCUUCUCCUUCCCGACCUCCGACGCGCUCUUCGACUGCGCGUGGUCCGAGUCCCACGACUCCCUCUGCGCCGCCGCGUCUGGGGACGGCUCCGUGCGCCUCUUCGACGCCGCGCUCCCGCCGGCGCAGAACCCGGUACGCCUCCUCCGCGAGCACGCGCGGGAGGUGCACGGCCUCGACUGGAACCCCGUCCGCCGGGACGCCUUCAUCUCCGCCUCAUGGGACGACACGCUCAAGCUCUGGUCCCCCGACCGCCCGGCCUCCGUCCGCACCUUCCGGGGCCACGAGUACUGCGUCUACGCCGCCGCCUGGUCCGCGCGCCACCCGGACGUCUUCGCCUCCGCCUCCGGGGACCGGACCGCGCGCGUCUGGGACGUCCGGGACCCCGCGCCCACGCUCAUCCUGCCCGCGCACGACCACGAGGUGCUCUCGCUCGACUGGGACAAGUACGACCCCUCCAUCCUCGCCACCGCCUCCGUCGACAAGUCCAUCCGCGUCUGGGACGUGCGCGCGCCGCGGGCGCCCAUCGCGCAGCUCGCUGGACACGGCUACGCCGUCAAGCGGGUCCGCUUCUCGCCGCACCGCCAGGGCAUGCUCAUGUCCUGCUCCUACGACAUGACCGUCUGCAUGUGGGACUACCGCGCCGAGGAUGCUCUGCUCGCCAGGUACAACCACCACACCGAGUUCGUCGCCGGCAUUGACAUGAGUGUCCUCGUCGACGGCCUGCUCGCCAGCACCGGAUGGGACGAGAUGGUCUACGUCUGGCCGUUUGGGACCGAUCCAAGAGCCAUGUAGCACGCAGAGGCAGAUGCAAUAGACCAGAGAACCUACCAAUAACAAGAGGGUUUCUAGCUAAUCUUGCAAAAGCUGGUGGAAUGCUUCCGUUGGCCAUAGGCCAUACACCUCUUUUGAAGGAUGCCACCUGUUAAGAUUUUGUUACAAAACAACAACAGAGCAAAAAGAUUGCAUUUCUCUUCACUGUUGGUCAUCCACAUCAAAUUUUCCUUCAACUAUUAUCAGUUCCAGUGAUUUGGAUACCUUACAGGUUUGUUCACCAUUGACAACUGUUCCCAUGAAUUGAGGUCCGGUGUGUUUUGGUGUAGUUGGACAUUCUGUAACAGGGUCCGUAGAAGAAUGAAGUUGCCUUACCUGUCUACUAUUUUGAUCUCGGUUUUGUGCCCAGUGUCAGUGGUAUCAUCAUGUAUUGUACUGCUUUAUAUAUCGUCAUCCUUUUCCAGCCACUAAACAGUAGACCUAUGGCGCUAUGACAUCAGGGGUUUACCUAUGCGCCGUCUGUUCUCCCAGAAAAUAAUCUUGGUACCAUGGCAUGGCAUAAUUUAUGUAGGCAUAUUAAAAAAUA